UUUAUUGCUUGCAUUGGAAUGGUGGCAUGGAAUUUCAUUGUUAAAGAGAAAGACAUCACCAUGCAGAUCCUAGUAUUUAUAUUCCUCUACAGCUCACUUUAUAGCACCUACCUGUGGACAGGUUUUCUAUCUUUCUCUUUGUUUCUGUUGAGGAAGAGAGAAGCCAUAAAGAUUCCCAUUGGAUUUAUUAUCAUAGCUGGAUGGGGAGUCCCAACACUUCUGGUGGGAAUCUUACUAAUUGUUGGUGAAUGUAACAACACUAGUAUUGACUCUGCCUUUUUCUAUGGAAAAUAUCAGGUAAUUACCACAGCAGUGAUCCUGUUCAUCAGUAUAUUGAUGUCAGGUAUCUCACUUAUGUGCAUGAACAGAAAUAGGCAGGAGUCAAACUAUGAGGUAUUGAACCCAUAUUCACCGCGUAGCCAAGUGGAGGAGGUUGAAGUGGAAGGGAGUGAGGGGAAUCGAGUUUCAGCCACUGUGCCUCAGCCUUCUGCAGGAUCUUCUGCACAGCCAUCUGCAGAAAGAGGUUGCUGUUCUUGUCAAGCAACAAAUGGUGAAUUAUCCUGUGCUAGAGAGAGCAAAGCAGUGUCAAAUGCUGUUGAAAGCAAGGUUCCUCCAAUUGAGACAGCUGAUCAGUGUGUGAGUCAUUGCAGUGCUCAAACCUGCGUAUUGGCUCAGGAAGAACAGCUUCUACAGAGCGGAGACAAACAGCUGGCCAGACAUGUGCUGCUGUGCUUACUUCUUAUUGUUGGCCUGUUUGCUAAUCUUUCCAGUUGUUUGUGGUGGCUUUUCAACCAAGAGCCUGGAAGGCUGUAUGUGGAAUUGCAGUUCUUCUGUGCUGUGUUUAAUUUUGGUCAGGGCUUCAUUUCCUUUGGUAUUUUUGGCUUAGAUAAGCAUUUAAUCAUUCUGCCAUUCAAGCGAAGACUUGAAUUUCUCUGGGGAGGAAGAGAAGCAGCAGGGCAUACAGAUCCCUCUGUACCUGAGGAAAUCAGGAUGACCUGUCAACAGUUUGUUCGUUAUCAUAGAGACCACUGUGUCAAAAGCAUUGUCAGAGGCAGAAGGUGUGGUGCAAAGAUCUCCACUGGCAUCUUCUUUGGCUGUGACCUGGUGAACUGGCUCAUGCAAGUUGGCCUUGCCUCUGACCGUGGUGAAGCUGUGAUGUAUGGAGACAGACUGAUGAAAGGAGGCAUCAUCCAGCAUAUUACGAACGAAUUUGAAUUUCGGGAUGAAUAUUUGUAUUACCGCUUUAUUCCAAAGAGAUCGGUUGCAGUUGAGAGCCAUUGACCUGAGCAUGUAGGCAGAGGACAGGCAGUUAGGAGUGCAUGUGACCAUCUCCUCUGUCUUCACCACUGAAAACUGGAAGUAUUUCUUUCUCAGGGCUCUCAGAGAAUUGUGUUAUUCUCUCUUGUAAAGUUAAGAGAUGUGGUUCUACUUGGGUCUAUUCUGAAGGAAAUGGUAGCAAGUGAUAUUUAGUGAGCGUUCCAACCAGAAUGCAACUAGA